AUGUCGAACUGCAUUGACUUCUGCUGCUCCGACUUCAAGAGCUUCGACGAACCGCCAUUCCAGUCCAUCGAGCCUCUUCAAAACGCCAUCCACCCACUCUUCGCGUUCAGCCAGUUCGAGAACGUGACGCAGCAAGACUACGACGUUCUCCUCACACUACCUCUUCGGCUCGCGAGCCGUUGUCUGAAAACAGAUGCUUUCGUGAAGUAUGCGGUAAUUAUGACACAUGGCGACCUUUACACGAGCAGAUCCUCGCCAACCAAACUUCGAAGGGGGAGGAAAGUCACCUGGGCCGAAAUUGAUGCGCCUGGGUAUGAUCCUAUCAACGACGUAGCACUGAUACGAUGUCCGAAUCCGACCUGGGGCAAAGGGGUAAGUCCUACCAUGAGAACUGAUUCAAGCAACAUUACUAACGCAUUGAGAAGAGUCAUCAAUUUCGCUAUCGCACCCCUACAGGAUGGAUGUGGUGGGGAGACGCUGCCGGUAGCAACCACACGCGGUAUGUGUCCCGUCCCCGACCUGAAUCGCGGAGGACAGGUUCGUAUUGAGAUAGCACAAAUCGCCCUGGAUGAGGGUCGGAGGACAUCGUCUAACACAGGCCACGAGAAAUAUCGUUGGUGCUUCCACUUCGCGCGCGUAGUCCUCCACGAGCUUGCCCAUGGCAUCAACUACGUUGCAAACGGCGACCGAUCUGUCGAGGUCUACUUCAAAAACAGCCCCUACUCCGAAGCGGGAUUCGAUCUCGAGGGCCCUCUCUUCGGCGGCAUCUUCUUCCAGGAAACGCUACGCCUGCCGUUCAUGGUGCCUCAUGAUCCCGACUGCUCCAAUGCGAACGUCACAGUGGAUGCCAUGCGUGAGUGGCCGUCUGGUGCGAUGGCGUGGAAAUAUAUCAGUGGCUUUGGGAAGUUUGGGAACAGGAUUACACCGACCAAUGGGGAGAUCAUCUAUCACGUUCCGAGCCAGGCUAUCACGACUCUCUUCGAUGAGGGCCACUGGAGGGAUGUUUUGUCGACACAUGGAGGGCGGCCGUUGAUUGACAGAAGGACGUUUCCGAGGUGGGUGUGUAAGUGGCAUUGUCCUUGUGAUCAGAGGGGGGAGGCAUGCACGUGUGGCUUCAGCACCAGGAUCGUCAAUACACCAGCGACCGGUCAGGCUGAGGAAGCUGGAAGUACAGUCGCUGAGGAUGCCGAUGGCGACGUUGAGAUGGUAGACGCCGACGCGGGAUUCAGCGAGCCCUACGACCUUGUGCUGCUGUCGGUACACGAUCGACACUCACCGGCACGUGCUAUGAUCACUCUGCACAACGUCGUUCGAAGGCAGGCUGGCUUCGCGAAGGAAGAGGAUCCGAUGGUUGAGAAUGUGUCCUGA